AUGUCUUUUUUCCUGAAUCAUUUAAAAUCACACACCAUAGUUACCUUACCCGUUCCUGAGAAGAAAUUUACAGGGAAAACUAUUAUCGUUACUGGGAGUAAUAGUGGAUUGGGAUUGGAGGCGGCGAGGUGGUUGUAUGUCCGUCUCGAUGCUCAAAAAGUCAUCCUAGCCGUGCGCUCCUCCUCAAAAGGUGAAGCUGCACGCCAAUCCAUCAUAGACAGUACCUCCUGUUCUCCAGACAUCCUCGAAGUAUGGAAUCUCGAUCUGUGUUCUCAAUCUUCUGUUAAAGAAUUCGCGCAUCGAGCAAAUGCGCUCCCGAGACUUGAUAUCUUGGUCUCGAACGCUGGAAUCUAUGUUUUUGAUUUUAAAAUCGCAGAGGGUAAUGAAGAGACUAUUUGUGUAAAUGUAGUUAAUACUUUCUUGUUGGCGUUGCUUUUGUUGCCAAAAUUGAGGGAGACGAGUAUAGAAUUUGAUACGAGAGGGGUAAUGACGUUCACGGGAAGUUUCGUACAUCAACUGACUACGUUCCCGGAACGGCGAGCAGGGAAUGUGUUUGAAGAGUUGAGGGGUAUCAUCUUGGACAACAUCACUCGAUGGGAUAGCGACCCAGAAGGAUAUUUGGAUGGAGUUAUCGCAGGAGUUGGAGAAGAUAGAACCGGGGAUUAUGGGAAAUAUAUGAAUGGGGAUUAGAGUUGAAAUUUGUACUAGUUUUUACUCUUGUCUUUCGUACCAAUGCGUUGAGAUUUUGGGCAUUAGAUGACCUUGCCUGGCGAGGUUGCCUCUUCUUUAACGAAGCGAGUUUGAUAUUUCGCGAGCUUUUCUCAGAUAUGAAACAAAACUCCUGAAGAGCGAUUUGAUUGGUCAUGAGAAUCAGGACGAUAGUGAGAAGGUUCCGCCCGCUCAUCAAUGAUGUUAUUCUCAAGUUCACAAACUUAAAAGUGGGGCAUAGCAAAUGGAAAACAGAUGGCUGUAC